AUGGCGCCCUCCCGCACCAGUACCGUCAAAAACAAACAUUCGUCGAAACAUGCCACCAACGGCUCUGGUAUCCGCAAUAGCAAAACCACUUCACGAUCUCAGAGCGACGGAGUAGUCAAACCAAAAGGCAAAAACGCAACACAUUCCAAGGGCGCGCCACCGAAGCCACAGAAACAAGGCAGUAAAUUGGCGACGUUGAAGAAGAAGAGGAGAGUUUAUACGGAGAAGGAGUUGGAUAUCCCGGCGCUGAAUAUGAUUACACCGGUGGGAGUGGAGAAGCCAAAGGGAAAGAAGAAGGGGAAGGUUUUCGUGGAUGAUAGGGAAUCCAUGAUGACCAUUCUCGCAAUGGUAAACGCGGAUAAGGACGGUCAGAUUGAGAGCAAAAUGAUGAGAGCCAGACAAAUGGAAGAGAUCCGAGAGGCGAGAAAGAUCGAGCAUGACAAGAAACAGCUGAUGAUGAAGGAUAAAUUAAGCGAUGUAAAGAAUGACUUAAGGAAAAAGAGGAAGAGAGGAGGAGAUGAUGAGGACGAGACUCCCAAGCAUGUCGCGGUGGCUGGAACGAAACCUUUGAAGCCUAAGAAGAAGACCGUUUCGUUUGCUUGA